GAAUGCAGUCACAGGGUGAGCUGCUCUGUGUGAUUGGAGUACAAGAGCCAUCAAUCUUUUUAGUAUUCACGACACAAUCCAAGAAAGUCAGGCAGUGGACGCAGGGACCAGAACAAGAUGUGCGAUUUCACAGAAGACCAGAUCGCCGAAUUCAAAGAGGCUUUCUGCCUCUAUGACCGGAUUGGUGAAGGUAGAAUUGGCUUCGGCCAAUUUGCAGAUUUGCUGCGUGCACUUGGUCAGAAUCCAUGCAAUGCGGAAGUCUUGAAAGUCCUUGGGAAUCCAAAGCCCGAAGAUAUGAAUAUGAAAACUCUGGAUUUUGAGCAGUUUCUUCCAAAACUUCAAGACAUUGCAAGAAACAAGGAACCAGGAACGUUUGAGGAUUUUGUCGAGGGUCUGCGAGUCUUUGAUAAGGAAGGAAACGGCACAGUCAUGGGUGCUGAACUGCGCCAUGUGCUGGUCACUCUCGGUGAGAAAAUGACUGAGGAAGAAGUGGAGACUCUGCUUGCGGGCCACGAGGAUGCAAAUGGCUGCAUCAACUACGAGGCUUUUGUCAGGCACAUCAUGUCUGGGUGAAUGGCAAGGCCAUGAAUUGGUCCGAAUGGUGAUGAGUGGUUAACCGUUCUCCUGGAGCUGAAUUUUAAGUGCCUUUUUCUACUUGACACACAAAUCUUUUUUCUAAAUGAAUUAUUUUCUUGUUUAUCAACAUGCAUAUAAGAUAGAGAAUGGUAGUCUUGUGCACUAAGGGGAGUGGGAGGAAAUCAUUCCUUUUUAUGCUGCAACCUUUUGGAUCCCCUUGGUAAUAAGUGUCCCAUGCGGUUUGAUUUAAGUGGAUCUCCCCCUUUCCCCUUGUGUACACACGCACACUUGUAGAAAUACUGCGUGAUGUUGAGGGAUUUUUGGAUGUCUGAUCUAAAAGCAAAGGAGGCUCCAAACUCAUUAGAUAUUCCUCAGAUUGUAUCUGCACAUCUUUUUAAAUCUGAAAUUCUUCUGUUGUUUUUUUCUUAUGCUUUCAAGUAAUAAAAUCUAUACUGUUAACUCUG